AUGGUAGCACCGCAAUCAUCAACUAUCGGGGCCCAGAGCUUCACUCCAGGCGAGCGUCCUCAGCCAACUGGCUUCAAGGCUAGGGUACAGAACUUGUGGAGUAAAGCCAUUGAUGGUGACCCGUUCUUCAUACGUAUCCUAGGGUGCCUGGCGGCUAUCGGUAUCAUUAUAGUGUCGAUACUCAGUUGCUUCAAUUUCGCUAACUCGGUCCUCAACCCGCUAACCUACAUCCUUAUAGUCUUCUAUCUAAUAUUCGGCAUCAUCCUCUGCUUCAUCGAGAUUCUACCAAGUUCCGGUAUCACGAGUUGGUUCAUCGAGCGCGCCACCUUCCUGGGGACUCUUAUGGGCCGAAGUCUGGUGUACCUCUACCUGGGUCUUCUGUUCAUCGGUGGCGGCUCGCAAAAUGGAGCUUCCUCAUGGGCUUACAUCGUACUUGGAAUCUAUCUCGUUGUUGUCGCGAUCAUUUUCAUGAUCACAGGGUGGAGGAUGAGGUCUAGCAGAGAGACCAACUCCUUGCCAAACAGUCGGGUGUAGAAGUCUACUAGUAUCGAUCUAUCACUUAGCAGUUAGUCGUAUCAGUCUCAAUGACUUUUUUGUAUCAUCCUGUCUUAGUUUUCAA